AGGAGGAGCGCAGGGAGGGGGCGGGAGGAGGAGGCGAAGGAACAAUGAAGUGGUUAUCGCGCUGCUCAUCAUCCGCCGCUGUGUCACGGUGGGAGAAAAACACAAGUUGUUGUUUCUGGAGGCUUCUCGAGGCUCGGCCUGAAACGCACCUGCCUGGCGCCGGCGAGUUGGCCUCUUGCCCGCGUCAACCCCCCGGGGAGGAGAGGAGGGGGGCAACGGGGAAAGCCGCUGAAUUUCCCUGGAUACGAGAAGAAACAACUAAGCUAACGUGGCGGCGUCCCGCACGCGCCGGGAGUCGGAGCUAAUUUAAAGUCGUUCCUCCUCAUCAACCCCUCCUCGGUCUGCUGUGUCCUCAGUCGUUUUGCAUACUGAACUUCCGCCCCACUCGGCUUUCCUUUUUUUUUCUCUCCCCCCUUCUCUGCCGGUGCCCACCGUCAGCCGGGCGGGCGAGCAGCUGAUGAAAUGACAGGAGGAUACAGUAUCACGUCGAGCCACGGAGAGCUGACUUUAAAACAACUUCACUCGGGCAGGAGGUAGACGGAUGUGGUGCGUGUGGCCGGUCGGAGCAGCGGCGGAGACACGGACAGAGGAGGAAGAAGUGGGAUUUAAUUCUUUGUUUGUUUUUAUUUUAUUACCUACCAUUGGAUUGACUUGGCUUKAAACAGAGGCGGAAUAUAAAACUACGUCAGAAGGACAGACUGGAUUUUUGAAGCUCCCUGAUAUCCGCGGCGAUAAAAACAAACAUUUAUUAUUUUUUUGUGUUUUGGGACGUCAAAUUCCUCCGUUCGUUUUUAAUAAAUAGAUAUUUAUAUAAAAAUAAACAUGGGGUUCUCGCUUGCUCCCUGUGAAACAGCCUGUAAACCCAUUACAAGCUACUAGAGUUUUAUUCUUUAACGCACUUUCGCCUUAACAUGAACUAACAUUUUAUUUGUUCCCUUUUUUGUUAUUAAGAAGAUCGUGAAUGUUUUUUUUAAAUUAAAUUACUAAUAUAUAUUUUUGCGGAUUUCCUCCCUGCUCCUCCACCACAUCACCUCUUGAAUAACCUCAGUCUGGCAGGACACGAAUUCCCUCAUUCUCGCCGCCUUUCCACCAUGAGUUACAUGGUAGUAGUGAAUGUAUUGCUACGUGGAYUCGUCAUCUAUGCGGUACUGGGCUUGGAGUGCACUUACACCAGCGAUCUGCCGUCUGACGUCGCGAAUGUGGCCCCAACAGAUCCCUGUCUUAUCGUGAUGCCACCAUGCAUGGGCGAGGCCGACCGCUUCAGUCUGGAGGCACUGCGGCACAUCCACAAACAGCUGGACGACGACAACGACGGGGGGAUCGAGGUCAACGAGAGCGUGGAGUUCAUAAUAGAAGACAUGAAGCAGCAACAAACCAACAAACACAGCAACCUGCACCGUGAAGACCAGCACAUCACCGUGGAGGAGCUGUGGAGGGGCUGGAAGACCUCUGAAGUCCACAACUGGACCACAGAGGACACGGUGCAGUGGCUGAAGGAGUCGGUGGAGCUGCCGCAGUACGAGAAGAACUUCCGGGACUUCCGGGUCACGGGGAACACGUUACCUCGAAUAGCGGCGAACGAGCCGUCGUUCAUGUCGAUGCAGCUGAAGGUUUUAGACCAGCGGCACAAGCAGAAGUUGAACCUAAAGGCGCUGGACGCUGUGCUCUUCGGUCCUCCUCUCCGUCAGCAGCACAACUGGAUGAAGGACUUUGUCCUGAUGGUUUCCAUCGUGAUCGGCGUCGGAGGCUGCUGGUUCGCCUACAUUCAGAACAAGUCCAGCAAGGUGCACGUCUCUCAGAUGAUGAGGGACCUGGAGAGUCUGCAACACGCCGAGCAGAGCCUCAUGGACCUGCAGAGUCGGCUGGAGAAGGCUCAGGAGGAGAACCGCACGGUGGCCGUGGAGAARGAGAACCUGGAGCAGAAGAUGAGGGACGAGAUCAUCGACGCCAAAAAGGAGGCGUACCGGCUGCGAGAGCUGCGGGAGGGCGCCGAGUGCGAGCUCAGCCGACUCAAAUACGCCGAGGAGGAGCUYGUCCAGGUGAGGAAGGCUCUGAAGCGAGCGGAGAAGGAGAUGCAGUCRGAGCGCUCGGUGCCCGAAGCUCUGCAGAAGUGGCUGCAGCUCACACACGAAGUGGAGGUUCAGUACUACAACAUCAAGAAGCAGAGCGCCGAGUUCCAGCUCUGYGUCGCUAAAGACGAGGCAGAGAAAAUMAAAAAGAAGCGCGGCUCGGUGUUUGGAACUCUUCACGUCGCCCACAGCUCUUCUCUGGACGAGGUGGACCAUAAAAUACUAGAAGCAAAGAAAGCUCUGUCGGAGGUCACGGCCUGCCUGAGGGAGCGGCUGCACCGCUGGCAGCAGAUCGAGAAGCUCUGCGGUUUCCCCGUCGUCAACAACUCGGGCCUGCCCAGCCUGACGGCCAGCCUCUACUCCGACCACAGCUGGGUCGUCAUGCCCCGGGUCUCCGUCCCCCCCUACCCCAUCGCAGGCGGGGUGGACGACCUGGACGAGGACACGCCUCCCAUCAUUCCUCAGUUCACCUCAUCGACGAUGAUCCGGCCCCCGCUGACCCGCAACAGCAGCCUGUGUCGGUCCCGCCGGAGCCUGCUGAGCUCCCAGCAGUCCUCUCUGAUGUCUCC